GGGACCGCGCAGCCAUGUCGGAGGGGACGGCAGCUAUGGCGGCCCCGGCGCCGAUGGCGGAGACGCGGCUGCGGCGGAAGCAGCUGCUGAGCGCGGAGGAGGCGGAGCUGUUCGAACUGGCGCAGGCGGCGGGCAGCGGGCUGGACCCGGAGGUGUUCCGGGUGCUGCUGGACCUGCUGCGCAUGAACGUGGCGCCGCUCGCCGUGUUCCAGGUGCUGAAGUCGAUGUGCGCCGGGCAGCGGCUCCCGCCGGCCGCCGAGAGCGGCCCCGCCGCGCCGAUGCCCGCCGACAGCCGAGGGAGAAAUAAAACCAGCUCUGCUGUCGGUGGGUCACAGAUUCUGGCCGAAAGAAGCAGCCGGGAAGGAUCUGCCCAGAGGAUGCCACGACAGCCGAGCGCGAGCCGCAUGCAGAAGGCAGGAACCUCUGGCAAGAGCAGUGGGGGAGGCAACAGUGCCUAAAUAAGGCCUUGGAACAGAUGGAUUUUGAUCCUUGAGAGUGUAUAUAUAUUGUGCUUGUUAAAGCUGCUUGUGUUGUAUGUAUUAACCUAAAAACAUGAUUUGUAGUACAG